AUGCUUUCAGCAGGCAACUUUGCCGGCCAAAAGCGUGCUGCUGUGGCUGACAUCCACGUGCCGUUGCUGUGCGAUAUCACGCCGAAGGGUGAGCUCGUCGAGUUGGGCGUCGAUCCUGCGCAGCGCGAGAAAUGCUCACAGGGGGUCCAGGCAGACCUGGCCCAAGGCGAAUCUCUCCGUCGACAGGAACCACAGGAAAGAACUGACCAGAAAAAGUCAGCAAAGACCAAACCUCCUUUGGCUUCUGCUGCUGUUUGCCGCCUCGCUCUGGGUUUGCUAGGCCUGGCACCCCACGAGAAGCCCAACACAUGGGCAGAGGUAUGGCUCAGCUUUCAGGACACAACUUGCAAGAAGCUUGGGUUAAGCUCGGGUUUCUGCAGCCCCGAUAUGGCCAGCAAAGCUGACAACGAAGCCUGGCAGCGUCAGGUGUUGUCACACCUGCGUCAGCUCCUGGGUCAAGCGGAAAGCGAGCCAGCCGCGCCAACGGCGCCUUACGCAACCUGGCCAAAUCUUCGCGUCAUCCCACGACGCGAACUCGGCCAGAGCCCGUCAGCCCGUGGAGCCGAGGUAUGUGAUCGGAAGCUGAUUCAGAGCAACAUCCAUGAGCAUCUGGACUUGGCGGAGUUUGCCCUCAAGCGAAUCACCUGCGCCGUGAAAGCUUUGCAAGACCCGGAGCGGCUGAAUCGGCCCAUGUUGCUGCAAGAGUACACUGAAGAGAUGGCGGAAGAUGUCUGCCAAGAUCUUAGACAAUGGCUUGAACAGCUCUCUGUGCUCUUGUCGCUGUACCACGUCUUCCUCCUGGAGGCCGAGCGCGAGCGCAGACGCCUCUCUGCGAAAAUUGGCUCAAUGGAGUCAAAGUGGUCUGCGGCGGAGGUCGCAAAGAAACAUGCCGAAAGGUGCGAAAAGGCGAUGGAAGAGCGAUGGAACGAGCAGAAGAUGCGACGCAGAGCAGAGGCUGUCCUCGGCAUCAGCCUCGAUGAGCAGGAUGACAAGAUCUACAGCCAAAAGGAAGUAGAUGCCAUGUUCAAGGACUGGGAGGAAAAGUACCUGAAGCCGCUUCAGGAUGAGCUCGAAGAGUUGCGCGAAUCCAAUGACAAGAUCCUCGCACAUUGGGAAAUUGCUUGA